UUUGGAUGGCGUGCGGAGUGCAUCCACUGCGUCUGCGCAAUGCCCCUCGGUAGCCGUCCCCGGAAGCGCUUCCUCCGCUUGUAGCCGUGCGCCGCAGCUAUUCAGCCUCUCUAGGCCGGUGGGUCCUCCGCUCCAUGGUCCUGUCUGUCAGCGCAGUUUCAGAAGUCCAUCGCCUAGGCCGGGCCGCGCUCGGACGCUUCGAUCCCCGAGCGGGUCGCGGGUGAGUGAACCCGGGAGGAGCCCGGCGCCCGGAACGGGUGGGUCGGCCCGCCCCGCCUCUCCCACCCAGGAAUGGGCUCGCUCCUGGGUCCCAGGCCCUCCUUCCUCCCGCGGCGUUGCCAAGGCGACGGCCGGCCGGCUGAAGCUCGGUGUGUCUUCCCGCAGGUAGUCCGGCGGCCGCGGAACGAUGGCGUGGCGGCAUUGACAGGCGCGGGCAGCUGCCGAGCCCCGCGGGCCGGCAUGGCGGGCCAGUUCCGCAGCUACGUGUGGGACCCUUUGCUGAUUCUGUCGCAGAUCGUGCUCAUGCAGACGGUCUACUAUGGCUCUCUGGGCCUGUGGCUGGCGCUAGUGGACGCGCUGGUGCGCAGCAGCCCGUCCCUGGACCAGAUGUUCGACGCCGAGAUCCUGGGCUUCUCCACCCCUCCAGGCCGGCUCUCAAUGAUGUCCUUCGUCCUCAACGCCCUCACCUGUGCCCUGGGCUUGCUGUACUUCAUCCGGCGCGGGAAGCAGUGCCUGGAUUUCACUGUCACUGUGCAUUUCUUUCACCUCCUGGGCUGCUGGCUCUACAGCUCCCGUUUCCCCUCGGCGCUGACCUGGUGGCUGGUCCAAGCUGUGUGCAUUGCACUCAUGGCCGUCAUCGGGGAGUACCUGUGCAUGCGGACGGAGCUCAAGGAGAUCCCCCUCAGCUCAGCCCCUAAGUCCAAUGUCUAGACUUGGGCCCAUCGGACACUCUGCUGGCACUUGGGCCCCAUCACCUCGGGCUGCUCAGACCUCCAGAUGGGGUCUGGCCCAAGUCUGAGAGGAACCCUGGAAAUGUGAAGCCUGUUGGUGGAGAGAUAGUGAGGUCCUACCAUGAAGGCAGGUAGCAGCCAUGGUCACAGAUGCAAGAACGGCCUCUGCCUGCUGGAGGCCGGUGAGGGGCCUCACGGAGGGUAGUGACAGAUUUGGAACCAUGUCAUGUGAGCCACCAUACUGUCACCAGCCUGUUAUUUUAAAAAGAAAAAAAAAUCAAGGAUAUCUGAUUGGAACAAACCACUCUUCUCGUUGUCUGUCUUAUGCCCUGUGACAGCUGGUACCUUUGCCAUGUUGCCAAACCAGUGAUUCUGUGUGGAGAAACAUUUGAUUUCUGGGUCCAUAGCCACAGGAGUUGUAGGUACAAAGUACUAGGCUGCUGACAGAGAGGACGGCGUGUAGAGGAGGUACCAAGCACAAGAAAAAUGCACAACUGUUCCUGUGACACAUGCACACACACGUACCUCUGUGUGUGUGUGUGUGUGUGUGUGUGUGUGUGUGUGUGUGUGUGUGUGUGUGUGUGUGUGUCCCCAAGAACCCAUUACUGACUUCCUCCAAUUUCCUGUAUGAACUCUCCCUUGCUGCUGGCUCUCAGCACAGCGAGUCAAAGCCACAGGGCCCAGAGAAGAUCCCAGCAUCCCCCAAACCCCCGCCUUAGCUUUAUAAUAAAAGCCAGUCUGUGCUCUAGAAAUGACCAGGCACAGCUUCCACUGGAUCUCAGUUGUGGCAAGAGCUUCUGUUUGUGGUCUCGUUUGUGUUCUGUAUGGGGAGGGAAUCCUAACGGUGCUAGAGGCUCAGCUGAGGCUGGAGCUUGCUUUUGAGUGGUCUCCUCUGUGAGGGCUGGCAGCUGUCCUUUCUGGGUGCAUAAAUACACUAUUUUCCACACUU